AAUGAUUUUCAUUGCGGUUGUUUCCUUGUCAAAAAUUUGUUGUGCAUCCUUCAUUGGCCAUAACGAUAUUUACGACGAACAUAAUCCUACAUAGGAAUUAUACAAAAUUGAUUGAAUAUGGUGCCAUAGAGGAACCAAUGUUCUCGAUUUCUGAUGCGCUGCAUUAAGUAAAAGAACAAGAAGAAGGCGGCGGACAGAACAGUUAACGCACAGUCGUAGAAGUAAAGGCACAGGAACUUCAAGAUGAGUACAAUUACAAAUACGGCAGCAGUAACCGGUGACGGAUCGCUGAAUGCUUCAAGUUCUAUCCAGGACAUAGAAACGGUUAUGAUUAUUAGCGAUGAUUCCGACAUUGAGAUGACUGAGUUAACCCCUAAGACUAAAGCACGUCCAGGUCCGGGUCCGGGCUCGAGUUAUACUGACAGUAAAGAUGGUGACGAAACGGAGGGACGACGAAUCAGCCGACGGAAGAAACCCAAAGUUGAAUAUUCCGAUACUAAACCUGCGAGCUCAACGGACAAUUCUAACAGUGAAAAGAAACAGGAAUCUAAAGUAGAACCAAAAGUUAAAAAACGGGAACCUGAAACAUUGGUCAAAGAUGAAAAGGGAGAAUCUGAGCCCAAUCCACAUCGAGAAAUUUUGACCGGUCUCGAAGGUGCUGCUUUUCAAUCGCGACUGCCUUUCGAAAAAAUGACUGCCUCGGAAGCGGUAUGCUUUCCGGAGAUUACUAAACAUGGCCUGGUAGCUCAACGAGUUUUUCUUAAUGUUCGGAAUCGCAUAUUGCAAAUGUGGAUAGAAAACCCAAUGGUGCAAUUGACAAUAGAGAACGCUCUAAAAAACAUGGAGCAACCAUUUGAUAGUGAUCCAAACCUUGUACGAAAGGUGCAUGCAUUUCUAGAACGGCAUGGAUUUAUAAAUUUUGGAAUUUUCAAACGUUUGAAACCUUUACCGAACAAAAAAUUAGCUAAGGUGAUUGUUAUUGGCGCAGGAAUAUCGGGAUUGUCCGCUGCUCAACAAUUGCAACAAUUCGGGUUUGACGUGAUCGUUUUGGAAGCAAGGGAUCGAGUUGGCGGUCGAAUAGCAACUUUUCGAAAGAAUUCGUACACUGCCGAUCUGGGAGCUAUGGUAGUAACCGGAAUUUGGGGUAAUCCGAUAACAAUUCUUAGUAAGCAAACGGGAAUGGAAAUGUGUCCAAUUAAAACAGCAUGCCCGCUUUAUGGGGCCGGAGGUAAACCAGUUCCUAAACACAAAGAUGAUAUGGUUGAGCGCGAGUUCAAUCGCCUGUUGGAAGCUACCAGUUAUCUUUCUCACCAACUGGAUUUCAAUUACGCCGGAAAUCACCCAGUUUCCUUAGGACAGGCUCUCGAGUGGAUUAUCAAGUUACAGGAAAAACAUGUAAAAGAGAAGCAAGUUCAACAUUUGAACAACAUAAUAUCCUGGCAACAAAAACUUAUUGACAACCAGCAAGCUGUUAAGGAUACGAUGGAUCGUAUCAAGGAUCUUCGUGCUAAGCAUAAAGAAUUACUGGAAACAAAACCUCCUAAACCAGUUGAGAUCGAUACUAAAUAUAUUGACCAUGAGUUUAACAUAAGAGUAACAGCGCGUGAAGAACAGUUGGCAUGGAAAGAAAUAGAACGCCUGCGCACUAGUCAGGAGCAGAUCGAAACGAAAUUGAAAGAUUUGGAAAACGAACAAGUUAGUGAAGUAUAUCUUUCCUCGAAGGACCGGCAAAUUCUAGAUUGGCAUUUUGCGAAUUUGGAAUUCGCUAACGCAACACCUCUCAGCAAUCUUUCCCUCAAGCACUGGGAUCAGGAUGAUGAUUUCGAAUUUAUCGGAAAUCACACUACGGUAAGAAAUGGCUAUUCCUGCGUUCCCAUAGCACUUACUGAAGGUCUGGAUGUGCGAGUUAAUACGGCUGUAAAAAGAAUCAAAUAUUUUCCUGGUGGCGUUGAGGUUACGGCCGAUCUCAAAUCAAACAAUUCCACAGUCCACUACAAGGCGGAUCUAGUUUUAUGCACGCUGACGCUGGGCGUCUUGAAAGUGGCCAUCUCAAAGCCAUCGACUCAGAUGAACACUGUACGCUUUGAACCCCCACUCCCAGAAUGGAAACAGUCUGCAAUACAACGACUUGGCUUCGGAAAUCUCAACAAGGUAGUCCUGUGUUUCGAUAGGAUUUUUUGGGACCCAAAUACCAACUUGUUUGGACACGUUGGAAGCACUACAGCCAGUCGAGGUGAGUUGUUCUUGUUUUGGAACAUUUCACAAUCGCCGGUUCUGCUUGCGCUGGUUGCCGGUCAAUCUGCUGCCAUAAUGGAAAAUGUUUCCGAUGAUGUCAUUGUUGGGCGAUGUAUCGCGGUACUGAAAGGUAUUUUCGGUAAUUCAGCUGUCCCUCAACCGAAAGAAACAGUAGUUACUCGAUGGCGGGCAGAUCCCUGGGCCCGUGGGUCCUAUAGUUUCGUGUCUGUUGGAUCGUCUGGUAGUGAUUAUGAUUUGCUAGCCGCACCGGUCACACCUCGAUCCAGCGAAAUUAGCACGGGAGGAAUCAACGGGACUGCCCAUUGCGGAAAUGGAAACAAUGACGAAGAUGAUAGCAAAGCAGACAUUCCACGGUUGUUUUUUGCCGGUGAACAUACGAUACGCAAUUAUCCUGCCACAGUACAUGGUGCGUUGCUGAGUGGCCUAAGGGAAGCAGGUCGGAUAGCAGACUACUACCUGGGAUUCCCAAACACGUACCCCGACGCACCGAAAGAGGAACCGAGGAAGUAAUGCAAAUAGUUUUAGUAGUGUUCAGCUAAAUAGAAAUUUUAAAUUAUUACUGACGUCCAAAACAAAAAAAACAAGAAAGAUUUUGCACAUUGGUUUUCGAAAUUACAGAUGGCGCACUUGUAAAGCACCUUACCACAAAUUAAUCAGAAGAUAAAAAAAAUAAAUUUUAAUACAUUGAGAUUAUAAGGCUA